AUGGCCGCCUUGCCCAAGAGAAUCAUCAAAGAGACCGAGCGGUUGGUCUCAGACCCGGUCCCGGGAAUAACUGCCACCCCGCUGGAAGAAAAUCUCCGCUACUUCGAGGUCACUAUUGACGGACCCUCGUCCAGUCCCUAUGCUGGAGGUGUGUUCCAGUUGGAGCUCUACUUGCCAGACGACUAUCCCAUGUGUGCUCCAAAGGUGCGUUUCUUGACCAAGAUAUAUCACCCCAACAUUGACAAGCUUGGACGGAUCUGCUUGGAUGUGUUGAAAGAUAACUGGAGUCCAGCGUUGCAGAUCCGGACGAUUUUGUUGUCGAUCCAAGCGUUGCUAGGCGCACCCAACCCAGACGACCCCUUGGCCAAUGACGUUGCUGAAGAUUGGAAGAAAGACGAGAAGAAGGCCAUUGAGGUGGCCAAGGAGUGGACAGUGAGGUUUGCCAAGGCCAAGCUGGAGGAAUGA